AUGAUUGAUUUCUCUGUCAACCUCCUGAGCUUAAGAGUUAUAAUUUCAUGCAUCGGACUUGUGGGUAAUCUUUUCCUCAUCCUCGUCAUCCUUCAGGCUAAGCUCUCUCGAGUCAAAUCCUUCGAGUUGUUUCUCUUGGGAAUUGCCACAGCCAACUUGGAGGAAAUUCUCAUCGUGAACAUCUACGAUAUCAUCAUCCUCCAGCCUUCCUCCAUCAUCAUCGACGCCUGGUUGUGUCGCUCACUCAAGUUCCUGACCAUGUUCGGUGAAAUCGGCAGCAUCCUUUUCACCGUCCUCAUCAGCAUCUUCCGCCAGCAGAAGCUCAGAGACGCCAGCAAGAGGGUCAACCUCCCGAUCUACCUGGACAGCAUCCGCUCAGCCUGGAUGGUGAGCGGGGUUUGCGUGAUGCUCGCCACGCUUCUGAGUCUCCCAGUUUUUGCCGUGAACUCUCAAAGCCCUGCAGGGAACAGCACAGGAAACAGCAGCAGCAGCUGCCCUCCGGACUUCUUCCAGUGUGGUGGAAAUGACUGCCCCCUACUCAACCUCAUUUACAAAUACCUGUUCAUCCUGGUGUGCAACCUGCUGCCUCUCGUCAUCGUCACGGUCACCAGCUGCCUCAUCAUCAGCGUGCUGCUGAGCCAGAGGAAGACGGUGACACCGGUGGUGAGCGUGAGCGGAGGGAGUCAGUCGGGCGGGAAGAGCAAACGUCUGAGGAUCCAGCGAAGCACCAUAGCUGUGCUGGCAGCUAUGGCGUUGUUCCAGGUGGACUGGACUCUCUACCUGGUCUUCCAGCUGACUGUUAGCCCGGCUGACUUCCCUUAUUGGGCUGAAACUGAGUUCUUCAUCUCAACUUCCUACACGUCCAUCAGUCCGUAUGUGUACGGGAUCGGGAAUAACCUGUUCUCGCUCAAGAACUUCAUGAAGAAGUCAUAA